CUCGAAGAUUAUCCACAAGAUUUCAAGUAUGUCAUGUGCUGCAAAAAUCAGGCGCCACACGACCAGCUCAGUAGUAUAUCAAAACAUGGAGGGUGCUGGAGCUUACGGUGGUGGCAAAGCCGGGGGAGUUUUUGAUCCCAUUGGUUUCAUCCAAAGGCCCCAAGUUAUAGUCAGGGCAGUGUCAUGGUUCUUUUCGAUAAUCAUUUUUGGUUGCAUAUCGUCCCAAGGGUGGCGAUACGACGAAGUAAAAGGAAAGCAGGUGUGUUUAUAUAACGAGGACCGAGACGCUUGCAAUUACGGCGUCGGAAUUAGCGUUAUAGCUUUCCUCGCCACCAUGGCCUUCAUAGUGGGAGAGUACUUGUUCGAGCAGAUGUCGUCCGUUAAGACAAGAAAGCAUUUCGUGCUGGUCGAUUUAGCUUUCUCGGCAUUUUGGUCGUUCCUGUACUUCGUAUGCUUCUGGUAUUUGGCCAGCCAGUGGGGACAGUCAACAUCGCCAGACAACGGGGUUGGUGUGAGCAACGUACAAGCUGCUAUCGCCUUCUCGUUCUUCUCCAUAUUCUCGUGGGCCGUCACCGCAUUUUUCGCAUUCCAACGUUUCCGUCAAGGCGCAGACGCCGCUUUCGCCACCAACUACGAGUCGGACGCGAACAUGCCGACGUCCUACCCUUCGUACCCCGGGGGCCCGGACACCGACCAGCAAUACCAGGAGCCGCCCUUCUCCGCCGGUCCGAAUCAGAGAGGUCCCACGGACUUUCAGGCUCCGGCGUAUUAACAAGUCCAAUUCUAAAUUCGACGAAGACAGUACCGUGGGCCGCGACCUGGGUCAACGACAGGAUGACCCACACUAAGUCUUAAGGAUGGUAUUUUAUGUAACCUGUACUUAGCAACAUAAUAGUAUUAACCCAAAAAAAAAAAAAAAUUGGACGUCAAAAAAGUAUCGGUUUCAUUUCCCGAGAGGCUAAUUCGUUUUUCAUCCUUUGUAAGAUAUAUACAGAGCCACAAUGGAUAAUGUUGAAGUAUAUACACAUAUAUAAAUAAAUAUUAAAUAAUUAUUUUUAGAGGAGUUCAGUGUACAGUUGAUAAAUAUAUAUAUGUCGAGAGGUGUCGGCUUGUAGGCGUCUUGCUAUUACAUUUUGUCAAACUUAGUGUCCGCGCACCGAUUUUUUUAUCGCUGGGUGUUUUUUUAAAGCAAUGAAGACACGACGUGUCCCGUGGGGUGUUCGGGUGUCACUAUUACCUCGUUUAUACAUAAUAUACCAGUUGAAGUUACAAACGAAACCGCUAGGUGGCGACUCUCAAAACCUCCGUCACUGGGAGGGAUUUUACGGCAGCGGCGCCAUCUAGCGUCUUCGUUUGUAACAUUUGACUAACUAUAUUAUACAUUAUUGUGUUGUUUUACUUGAAUCUCUUUCGUUUUCUGUGUGCCAUUUAGAGGAUCUGUAAUUUUUUUUGUUACGCAAAGAUGUGACCUGAAAAUAUGGAACGCUACGUACAUGGGGAGUCAAAGACUGGGGGUCGGGACAGGAAGCAGUGUUGGGUUCGGUUUGUACCAGAUUUUUUCGAUUAGUUCAAAACUAGAGUAAUUUUUAGGAAAAAUCGAAUUCAAAUGAAUCUGUUUUAUUUUUGUUGGGGCGUGAUUCCAAUAAAUGCAGCUGAAGGUCUGUUUGGAACGGUUUUUAAGAUGCGAGCAUUUUUUUUCGUGUAAUGAGCGACAAUAAGGUUUUUCCGAGGGUUACUAACGAAGGUGUGAUUUUGGAGUUUUCUAACAUAUCUAGUAAUAGGGAGGGAAGCGAAACGGUUGGAAAUUCUGCACAAAUUUAAUCAUCAAAUUGGUUUGUCUACUGUUCAGUUUGUAAAUAACACUUUUCUUUCGAUUCGCUGCUUAAAUGUAAGAAGUGUAAAAUAGUUUGGUGUCGCAUAGAAAAAGUUGUUCCUUGUGAGGUUAGUUUUAGCGUUUGUUAGCAAUAAAUGAUAUUGUAGAUAAGUAUUUAGUGAACUAUGGAUUUUUGUUGGCUUUAUAUUGUUUUCUUUACGUAGACUUUAUCUACAGUACAUUUUAUUUCUAUUUUUGUUUUUUUUUUACAUAAAGGAAUGUGAUUUUAUUUAACGGUAUUUAGAUGUUAUACAUAUUACUUGUAUGUAAUAUAUAUUUGAGUUACCAAAUAAAUGUU